AUGAAUCAUUCUAUUGAUCGGUUAGAUCAGCUAUUCGCUCAACAGGUUAUGAGCCCUGAGGCAAUACCCGAAGUACUCUACAAAUUAAAAGGAAAUUCCAACUAUAAAAAAUGGUGUGACGAAUUUACUUAUAUGUUAACAGCCUUUAACCCAUAUAUUGUGAGUUUCUUGCAAACUGGUCUAUUAAACAUACCAGACAUUAAUAAUGCUGAUACAUUUGUUACCACUAGAAUGCUUACCACGGCUAGUCGAAUUGCAGACAUGGCCAUCAGAAAAUCUCUCGAUGAAAAUACAUUAGAUACAUAUACAGCUGCCACAAAUGCUUUUCGGGGCACAAAUUAUUAUCUAAGAACCAAGGCCGGCUGGGAUAGCUUGAAUGAGAUGUAUUCCUCCGGUACUUUGAGAUCCUACUAUGAUGCCAUGAGCAAGAAGCCUACACCUUAUACCUUAACUUCUUCCAUUUCGACAUGUACUGAAGUUAUAAAUCAUCUAGUCGAAUUAGAUGACUUGAGAAUGACAAACUCAGUUUUAUACCAAAGUGCCUUAUUUUUAGAUUAUUGUCCAGCAAUUGCUGAUAUGGUGAUUGAUAAGUAUGGUGAUUCCACAGAUGUCACUGUUAAUCAGAUUAAAUUGUAUUUGACUAAUAAGUCAGCAACAAGAAAGAAUAAAGACAAUGCCAUAAAUCCAUUAUCUUCUGCUUUUCUUUCUCAAUCUUCAACCCUCAAUACAUCACAGAAAAUCCAAAAUGGUGAUGCUUUUACUAAGGUCUCAGCCAAAAAUCAAAGAUAUAACAGAGAAACAAAGUAUAGGUGCAAGUUAUGCGACAAAGAUCAUAAAACUAUCAAUUGUCCCGAUAUUGAGAAAUGUAGAGAAAUAUUACAAAAAACCAAAAGUAGCGCAUUCUUCUCAAACGGAAAUUCUAAAUCCCGAAAAUGUGAUAAUUUUGUCAAAUCUGAACCUAUUUGGUGUUUAGAUAGUGGAUGUUCAGCACAUAUGACUGAUAAUAGGAGUUGUUUUACAGAACUACUACCAUGUAACACAACAGUUAAUGGUAUUGGUGGAAAGAGAUUAACGGCAGAAGGAAUAGGAACUGUUAAUAUAAAUGGAACUGUCUUCAGGGAUGUUUUAUAUGUACCUGAUCUUCAGAACAAUCUAAUUUCUGUUAGGAAAAUUAGGAGUGAAGGUUAUGACAUUGUAUUCAAGAAAGACGGUACCGUCUGGCUACAUGGAAAAGAUGUGUUACGUCAGGUUGGUAUUGAAACUAAGGGCGGUAUUUAUUCUUGGUGUGGUGAUUCCUUUGCUUUCUGCUCUCUUGCUGCGGACAACCUAUCGUUUGGCCCAGUCUCACAAAAGAUUGCAGCUUCCUCAUCAAGUGCACCAAUCUGGCAUGCUAAAUUAGGACACCCCAGUGUUAAAUAUUAUAAUGCCGCUGCCCGGAUAUUUGGAAAACCAAUUUUGAACUCUGAGAAGUAUUCUAAAUGCCCAACCUGUCAAUUGUCAAAAGGUAUCCAUGACAAGUCGACAUCUUCAACCACUACGUAUAAACAACCACUGUCUGUCAUCAUGGUUGAUAUCUGUGGUGGCUUUCGAUAUAAAGAACAAACUGAAGCUAGAUAUUUUCUAACAAUAGUUGAUGCUUUCUCCCGAUAUAUAACUGUUAUAUCCUUAAAGCGCAAAUCUGAUGCCACAUCCUCAUUGAUUACAUGGAUAACCCAAAUUGAGAAUUUCUUUGCUGCAAAUGGUUACAAUUAUCGACUUGGUACUAUUAGAUCUGAUCAUGGUGGUGAAUUUGACAACAAUAAUUUUCAUGAAUAUCUUCAAAAGAAAGGGGUGAAACAUGAAUUCACCGUAUCACAUUCCAGUUAUCAAAAUGGAAUUGCUGAGCGUACACAUCGUACUAUCGAAGAACGAAUGAGAGCAUUGAUGAUUGGAGGAAAGGUACCACCCUAUUUGUGGACAGAGGCACUACAAACUUCUGUCUAUAUUAUCAACAGGACACCUCGUCCAUUUAACAAUAACAAAAUACCAUACUGUAUCUGGUUUAAUAAAUCUCCCAAAUCUAUUAAUAUAGAACAUCUACAUGUAUUUGGAUGUGCUGCGUAUGUUACAUUACCAGAGUCUAAUCGUGAUGGAAAAUUGAUGCCAAACUCUAUCCUUGGUGUUUUUGUUGGUUAUGAUAGCUCUCACAAAGCCUAUAGGAUUUAUCAUAUUGAUAGUGCUAAGAUUUUUGUUGCAGCUAAUAGAGAUAUUGUUUUUGAUGAUACUAUGUUUCCAUUUGCCUACUCAUCUGACUCGUCAAAAGCCUAUAAUUUUGCUGAUUCAAAAGUUACAGGACCCCCUAAGUAUCCAUCUAUUGGAUCAACCCAAACUAAUUCAUCUAUUAAUCCUAGUAUGGCUAGUAAAGGAACUUACCUACCACCAAUGACAUCUAUGAUAAACAAUAUCAAUACCUCAUCUUUAUCGUCUGACUCAGACGGGGAUAUAAUUCUACCAGAUGAUAAAAAGACCUUUGACUCAUUACAGAAUAACAAAAUUGCUAAUACAACCAAUUCUGACUUAGUUCCCUUAGCAACAAACUCAAUUAUUCAUCGAAUGCCUGAUGAUUCCCCAAUGCCGUACAUCGGACAUCAGCCUGUUGAAAGUACUCAAACUGGGUUAGAUACCAUUCUCCCUCCUAGGCAAUCAUGUAUUGCUGCAAAUCCUAUCAAACAAUUAUCAGUUCUCCCAACCAAUUAUGAAACUGGUGAACAUACCUCUAAAGAAAAAUUAGCUUCCUUGGACAGCCUUGUUCCCUUCUCAAACAGUUCAUCCUUGCCUGCUACAGAAUCAUCUGAAUCCAUUCCUUCUCCUGAUUUUUCAAAACUAUUACCAGACUCGCAGAAAUUACUAACCACUUCAGUUCAACCACUUGAAGUUGGUGAAGCAACAGCUCCUUUCCUUGGAUCGUCAUCAGUGGCUCCCUUUUUCAUUCCCCAUGGUGGGAAUACACCACUUACCUCUCAGCUUUUGGAUCUUGCUUUACCAUCUACUUCUAUAUCUUCCUCACCAUCAACAUCAGAAAAUUCCUCUUCGACUGUACCAUCACUAAAUGAAUUACCAUUAUUACCAGCUUCAACUGGAACAACAGAUUCCUUAGUCCAUACAUCGCCUGACGUUUUUGAUCAGACUGAAACCAACGCUACUGAGGGUUAUUCAUCCACUGCUAUUAAACGUUCCCAUACAGCAGCAUUUCCUGAGCACUCUAAUAUUGCUUUAUCUGCUAUGGCCUAUUUUGGAACCCAUGAUGAUAAAAUACCACAAAACUUUAGUGCUGCAUUAAAAGGUCCAAAUGGUAAAAAAUGGAAAAGUGCGUGUCAACAGGAAUUAAAUUCGCUUGUUGAAAAUCACACGUUUGAUUUGGUUUCUCCUCCAUCCGACACUAAAACUAUAGGUUCUCGUUGGGUCUUUACCAUUAAGGAUUCAGGGUUGUACAAAGCCCGUUUAGUUGCCCAAGGUUUUACACAGCGUGCUGGUAUUGAUUACAAUGAAACAUUUGCUCCUGUUAUUCGUUAUAGCAGCGUUCGUUUGUUUCUUGCUGUUGCUGCGUCUCGUGGUUUCCUAAUCCACCAAAUGGAUGUAACCACGGCAUUUCUAAAUGCACCUAUUGAUACACCCAUAUAUGUCCGUCCUCCUGUUGGUUAUCCACAUGCUCCUGGCAUGGUGUGGAAAUUGAAUAAAAGCUUAUAUGGUUUGAAACAAGCGCCUCUUCUUUGGAACCAAACUAUAGCUGGAAAAUUAGCCCAUAUAGGCUUUACAAAACAUCCAUCUGAGCAUGGGUUGUUUGUUUGUUGCAAUAACUCCGAUGAAACUUUUGUUGCACUCUAUGUUGAUGAUUUAUUGAUUGCCGGUAGCUCUUCUGCUAAUGUUUCUAAAGUCAAGCAUUACUUGUCCGAGUGUUUCCAGAUGAAAGAUCUUGGACCUGCUUCAAAAUUUCUUGGUAUGAACAUAACGCAAUCUCCACAAGGAAUUUCGGUCUCUCUAUCCGAUUAUAUUUCAAAAUUGCUUGUUGAAUUUGGACCUCCAUUUAAACCCAUUCAUACUCCACUAGAUAAACAUGCCGAUUUAUUUUCUUCAAUUGAACCUCCAACUUCCGAUAUCACUAGAUUUCAAAGCAUGGUGGGAAAACUGCUAUUUGCUUCGAAUACUGUGAGAUAUGAUAUUGCUUUUGCUGCUUCAUUUUUAUCUCGGUUUCUCAAAUCGCCUACAAAUGUGCAUCUGAAAGCUGCUAGAAGAGUUGUUGACUAUCUAAUUACUACUAAAGAUUUUAGUCUCACUUAUAAAAAAGGUAUUCCGUCUCAUCUUACUGUCUACAGUGAUGCAUCCUAUGCCGAUGAUAAGACGGAUAUGCAUUCUACCUGUGGAUACAUCACAGUUUACAGUGGUGCACCCAUUACGUGGAGUUCCAAGAAAAUUAAAGUAAUGUGCUUAUCUUCUACUGAUGCAGAAUAUAUAUCCAUGAGUGAAGCGUGUAAAGAAGCAUAUUGGUUAACUGACAUAUUUAAUGGCCUGAACAUUGAAAUACCAUCUAUUGAUUUGAUGGCUGAUAACACAUCUGCAAUUGCACUUGCUAAACAUCCAACACAACACAACCGUACAAAACACAUUAACGUAAAAUAUCACCACAUAAGAGAAGCCGUUGAAACCAAAAAGGUAAACAUUCAAUUUUUAAAAACAACAGAACAACCAGCUGAUAUGAUGACCAAACCUCUCUCAAGAGCUUUACACGAAAGAUGCCGUGACACCUUUAUUACUACUUAA